AUGGAAAUUGACGACAAUCUCUUCUCAUCCUCAAUCACAACGGAAUCAAUGGAAGGCCCUGAUUCUACCUCAGAGGAAUUCCAUGACUGUUCAGUUAGACUGAGAAUGAACCCAGAAAGGCGAAAAGAAAAGGUUUACAUUGGAUGUGGUGCUGGUUUUGGGGGUGAUCGUCCAUUAGCGGCGUUCAAAUUGCUUCAGAGGGUGGAGGAGUUAGACUAUAUAGUUCUUGAGUGCCUAGCAGAACGCACCCUUGCCGAACGUUACCAAGCAAUGAAGUCUGGUGGAAAAGGAUACGAUCCUCGGAUUUCGGAGUGGAUGCAACUCCUAUUGCCUGCGGCCCUGGAGAAAGGAAUUUGUAUAAUCACAAACAUGGGUGCAUGUGAUCCAUAUGGGGCUCGAGAGGAAGUUAUAAAAACUGCCACCAAACUGGGUAUUAGCAUAAAUGUCGGUGUGGCACAUCAGUUUGCUAUUGAUGACGAAGGUUUGGAUGAUCACCUGAAGAACAUUGAUGGUGCUGCAAGUGUCUAUCUGGGAGCAGCUCCACUCGUCCAAUGUCUAGAGAAGUACAAACCAAAUGUUGUUAUUACUUCCCGGGUUGCUGAUGCAGCCUUGUUUCUAGCACCAAUGGUUUAUGAGCUUGGUUGGAACUGGGAUGAGUAUCAGCUGCUUGCCCAAGGUACAUUAGCUGGCCACUUGCUUGAGUGUGGUUGCCAGCUUACAGGAGGAUAUUAUGUACAUCCAGGUGAUAAGCAAAGAGACAUAUCUCCUGAAAAACUUUUAGAUUUGUCCCUUCCAUUUGCUGAAGUUUGGUUUGAUGGAAGAGUAUGUGUUGCAAAAGCAGAAGGAAGUGGUGGGGUUUUGAAUUCAAGCACAUGCGCUCAACAACUUCUUUAUGAAGUUGGGGAUCCUAGUGCUUAUAUUACUCCUGAUGUGGUUAUAGACUUACGAGAAGUUUCAUUUCAACAAUUGUCAAAUGAUCAAGUCCUCUGCUUUGGAGCAAAGCCAUCUGCUGAGCCAUUACCUGAUAAACUUUUGCUGCUAGCCACAAAAGACAAAGGCUGGAAAGGCUGGGGAGAAAUAUCCUAUGGGGGCUGCAAAUGUAUUGAACGUGCCGCUACUGCUGAAUUUUUGGUAAGAUCAUGGAUGGAAGAAACAUUCCCCAGCACAAAGAAUCACAUAGUAUCCUAUAUUAUUGGCCUGGAUAGCUUACACGUGAUGUGCAAGACAAAUAGAAUGAUCCAAACUAGUGAAGAUAUUAGAUUGCGGAUGGAUGGCUUAUUUGAAGAAGAGAAACAUGCAAUCCAACUUACAAAAGAGUUCACAGCCUUAUAUACAAAUGGUCCAGCUGGUGGUGGUGGUAUCAGCACUGGUUACAAGAAAGAGAUUAUACUUGAAAAGGGAUUGAUUGGACGCCAGUACAUCACUUGGCAUAUUUCAGCUGCAAGAAAUGGCACAAAGGGCUCCAGUGAUCUGAUUCCUAGACGUAAAGAUGUGGAAAAGACGUCUAUGAGUCACGGUUUGGACUCAAGACUACUAUCAGCUGAAUAUCAGGAACUUUUAGCAUCAACUGGUUUUCCAGCUCCUUCUGGGCGGGAUAUUCCUCUCUAUGAUGUUGCUCAUAGCAGGGCUGGUGAUAAAGGAAAUGACCUUAAUUUUUCCAUUAUUCCAUACUUCCCACCAGAUAUUAAUAGGUUGAAGCUGGUCAUAACACCGGAGUGGGUGAAAGCGGCUGUUUCGGAGCUUUUAGACCAAUCUUCUUUUCCUGAUUUAGAUUCUAUUGCAAGAAGAAACUCGUGGAUCGCAGAAAAUGUUAAGGUUGAAAUAUAUGAAGCAAGGGGAAUUCAUUCUUUAAAUGUUGUAGUUCGUAAUAUUCUAGAUGGUGGAGUUAAUUGCUCAAGGAGAAUUGAUAGGCAUGGGAAAUCCAUAUCAGAUCUCAUAUUGUCCCAGCUAGUUAUAUUGCCUCCUUGA